AGCGACUCGAGAUCCGGAGGUGAGAGAGAGUUUCCUGGGGUUUCUUUAGCGCUCCGGAGGCGCGUUAUUCAGCCGCGGAACGACAAAAUAGCGACGCGUCAGGGUGUUCAAUAAGAUUGCUCCUCAGCGAUGGAUUCAAAGCCUCGCCGGUUGCCGUUUACGGUCUCCAGCUCCUCUUCUCUCUCUUCGACGUCCUCCUUCUCGUCCUCGUCUUCGGCUCUGAGCGCCGGGCGGCUCUACAGCAGAGGGACCGUCCUGGGCCGCGAGCGCUUCACCAGGGGCACCACGGGAAAGCUAGACUCGGAGUAUCAGAGCCCUCGUAUCCCGGGAUCCAGCAGGGACUACAGCUCGUCUGAGAGCUGCCACUCCAGAUGGAAGAUGUCCAUGCCGCUGUCUUCCUCUUCCUCCUCUUCGUCCACGCUGUGUGAACGCCCGUGGGCGGAGUCUUCCUACGGAGGAAGAAGCAAACCUUGCUCUCAGGUGGAGUCGGAGAGGGGGUUGGGUUCGUACUCCAGUCUUCUCAGUUCACCUCAAGAUGACGAAUCCAAAAGAGCCAAGCUGUCGUACACCAGUAGAUCGGGCUACAGCAGAACCUCAACCUCGUCCACAACCAGCAGCACCUACUCCAACAUGGGAGGCAUGUCAGAUUCUUUAUGGAAGUCCAGCCUCAGCCCCCUGUCCCGGUCCUCUUCGUCCUCCUCGUCUUCAUCAGAUGACCUGUGGGCUCGCAGGGACGUGGACAAGAGGACGGACUCGGGCCUGUCUGGUCUGGGAGAGGCCAGCUACAGGCCCACACCCCUGACCUCCUCACUGUAUCACCCAGAGCGCGUGACCUCCACCUACGCCCAGGGAGCCCGACCCAAAGAGAGCCUGUACUCCUCGUCCCGCAGGGAGAACGGCACCGCGUCCAGCCGCCGUCUCUCCUCCGACUUUGUCCCGUCCUCGUACAGGCUGGUCUCCGACUACCAACCCAGUCCGCGUCUCUCCCGAGACACCUCUACGAGAACCUCCGUCCCCCUUUCAGACCCGUUUACCGUCUCCUCCUCUUCCUCCUCCUCCCCCUCCUGGAGCUCAUCCCCGUACACAGCUCAACCCAUACGCGGCUCUAGCCCGCCUCGGCCCGUCCCUGCCCCUGUGGCAAACCCCACCCCUGAGAGCGGAGACUCGGACGGCAGAAGCACGACCCGCAGACUGUUGUCCCGCCUCUUCUCGAGACGCUCCAGCCAGGAGUCGACCUCCGCCUCCGGCUCCAGCUCGGCCUCCAGAUCCUUCGACUCCGGGCCCGAGGAGUUGCCCUCCUCCUCGUGCGAGCCCCCACUGUCCGGCAGAGACAGAGAGAGCUCCGAGACGGAGCUGAGGAGCUCCUGGCUCAACUGGAACCGAUGCAACCCGCUGUUCUCGCGCCGCAGGAGAGAAGGGCGAGACGAGAGCGCCCGCAUGGAUGCCCACUCGUCCACGCACAUCCCUCUCAGCAGCCCGGACGGCGGCAGGACGACGUUCAGUCAGGAGCAAGACGCGGACGAGGAGGAAGAAGAUGAAGAGGAGGAGGAAGAGGACGACGUGUCGGAGGGAGCCACGGCCCCGCCUCCGACCAGAACCUCGGGACUCUCCUCCCUCCUGCAGGAAGCGGCACGUGCCCCCGGGCGGACCCCUGGCGUCGCCCGGGUGAUGACCGGUCCUUUGUUCCGCAUGCCGCAGAACGUGAUUAUAGGACUGGAUGCGGCGGUGGACGGACAGAAUCAGACUGAGGCGCAAGGCAAAGAGAAACCCGCCCCUUCUAGAGAUCCGGAGAAACUUCGGAAGAUCCAAGAGAGCCUGCUGCAGGAGGACUCGGACGAAGACGAAGGAGAUCUCUGCAGGAUCUGUCAGAUGGGCGAGACGUCAAGCUCGAACCCACUCAUCGAGCCGUGCAGGUGUACGGGCAGCCUGCAGUACGUUCACCAGGACUGCAUCAAGAAGUGGCUCAGGUCCAAAAUCAGCUCCGGCUCAACCCUGGAAGCCAUCACCACGUGCGAGCUGUGCAAAGAGAAGCUGCACCUGAACAUCGAGAACUUUGACAUUAAUGAGCUCUACAGGUCUCACGAGCGGUCGGAGUACGAGUUCAUCAGCUGUGGCCUUUACCUGGUGGUUCUGCUGCACCUGUGUGAGCAGAGGUUCUCCGACGUGCUGGGGGCGGUCAACGAAGCCGGGUUUUUCAACUUGGCGAGAACUCUUCACGAACACAUGGACAAUCUUGAAAACUCCUACACCGAAUCUGACGAAGACGACGCACAGAACAGCAGGCCGUCCAUCGACUUCGGUGAUCUAGAGGACGACGAAGAAGAGGAAGAGGAGUUGUUUUAAUCACAACCAGUAAAACGGAUCCGUCUCCGGUCGACCCGUCUUGUUGCGACUCGAGCAGGGGUCCGGUGACGGUGCCGUUAAAAAAAAAAUAUAUAUAAUAAAAAAAUAAAUACAAAUACUGUCCGCAAUCCCUGAACGGGGCCUUUCACAAUAUGCAGAUCCACCCGUCUCAGGGGCGUGUUGCGUGCGCGCGUGUCUCGCCUCCCCUUAGGAUUUUUGAUUGAGAAUUUUCCGUUUUUAGAUUUAUUACAAUUGUUUUUUUGCAUCUGAAUUUUGCUGAGCACAUUCUAAAGCUUUAUCGAGUGAAAAGUGAAGGACCUGGUGUUUGCCAAGUUCGAGGUUUAGACGAAGGUGGGCGGGGCUGAUCGAGCGCGAGGCAAAACCUUAACCUGUGUAGCUGUUCUAGAAGGCGAGGAGUUUGUACCUAAUAUUAUGGAAGGUUGGAAAAAAAAUAACUCCCCUUUAAUUUCUUUUCGUGGCAAAUGGAUGCUCUGAAGCGAGCAUUGAUUACAGAGUAUGAGUGCAUGGUCGGCUGUUUCACUGUCUGUCUAAAUGUUGCGUUCUAAUUUGUUCUGCUUCCACAUUUUUCUCUAUCAUUACAAUUAAAGUUUUUGAUGUACGGAGGUACAAA